GUAAGUGGCUCGACGAGGCGCAGAAGCGUGGGACUGAGUGAACACUUUUAACUUCCGCACACUAAUAUGAACAACAAGAGCAGCCCAGACGACCGACACUGCUAAGCGUCCACACAUUUAGUUAAAUCAAGAUUUUGACAAAAUGUCAGACUCUGAAUCUGAUAUUGGAGUGGAAUGGGAAGCGACCUAUAAACGCACGCCUGCUAAACUUUUGACCAGAAAUGAUACCGUUGUGGCCCUCCGUCCGCAAGAGAUCGUUUUUGACAAAUGGAGUCAAAUUCCUCUUGAAACCAGAAGACAAGCCGGGGAACGGAUGAGAAUAUGUGCGUUCUGGCUUCCCCUGCUGCUGCAGCGCGACGAGCCCAGCAACCCUUCCUGCUGGGCUUACCAAAUAGAUCUGAUAUCAAGUGAUACUGACGAUCUGGAUAUGAAGCACUUGCAGAAGAUCGAGACACUAGAGGCCAUCCUCAGAGCCUUGGAGAAAGGAACGGUUAAAAGGGACCAAAGUAAACACGUUAUCUGGAUCAGCAACAUGUUUAACUUGCGCACCCCAGAAGCUCUGAAGGAUGCGAUGUGCUGGUUGGAGCGAACGGGAGAACCUGGCAUCCGACAUCGUGUCAUGAGCCUCGGGCAUCCCCAGAUCUGCUUCACAGCGCUGCACGUCAUCUUCACAGAGUUUGCAAAGUACAUUCAGCAAAUGGGCUCUGACUCGGAGAAGACGAUGAAGGCGCUGAAUGUUCGACCGGCUGAAUAUCUAAUAGAGAAAAGUGAAGAAAUGAAGAAGAAAGGAAAUGAGAACUUCAAGAAAAUGGAGUUUGAAGAAGCUGUGAAGUAUUAUUCUAAAGCCAUCAAAUUAUACCCUGACAACCACUUAGUUUAUGGAAACCGAGCGCUAUGCUAUAUCCGAUGUAAAAAAUAUCUCAAAGCGGUAACUGAUGGAAAACGUGCUACUCUGAUAAAGCCACUCUGGGCGAAGGGCCACUUCCGCUUCUGUGAGGCUUUGUUUUUCUUGGGCGAGUGGAAAAAGGCUAUCGAAUCCAACGUAUUAGCCCGGGGUCUUUGUAAAGACAGCCGAGAAGGGAUCAAAGACCUGGAAGCCCAACAUGAGAAAUUCUUAUUGGAAAUGCCAGAGCCCAAAGUUGUACCGCCUAAGAAAAACCAAAGUAAAAAAGCUCAAACACUGGAGCCACGGCCGCUGUCUGUAAACUCUGUUCAUAAGAACGAUCCUCCUCCUAAGAGUAAAACGCCAGUGGUUAAACAAGAAAAGCAACAAGUGAAAAAUGAAAAGACUGCGCAGUCAGAGGGCACUACUAAAAACUCCAAACCAUCAAAAAGUGAGCCUCCUACGAAGAAUGGGAAGGGAGACUCCGGCACACCAACGAAGAAGAAACCAAAGAACAGAAGUCCGCCUGAAGUGAAGAAUCUGAACGAGGGUGACAGUAAAGCAGGUGUGUGUAAAGAGUUGAAAGCGAUGGUGCAGGACGCUCACAGCGCGCUGACCGACCUCCGCUGCCGCAACGCAGAGCAGGCGUUCAGAAAGGCUCUGAACAUCCUGGACACCAGCACAGCCAAGGAAGUUGGUCUUUCUACGCUGGAUGUUUUGUUGUUGCUGUACGGACACGCAGCAGCUCUGACCGAAAUCGGCCAGCCUGAGGAACUUGGAGAAGCACAAAAGCUUCUGGAAAAGAUCAAAUCAUUUGAGGAGCGGACCUUUCAGUGUCUCGUUUACUACGCCACCGGGAGGGUGUUUCUCAAGGAGAACAGGUUUACAGUGGCUCUGGAGCAGUUUUCAGAUUCCCUGCAGACAGUCAAGAAUAAAAUAACGCCGGGUAAACUCACCUGGCCUUUAACCAAUGAGAUUGUCAAAGAAACGCAGCCGGACUAUUUCAAGGGAAUGCUUGAGCAAGCUAUAGAGUUGUGUACAUUUCCUCCUCCGCCUGACGCCAUCUGUCGACUGGAGAUCUGCCUCUGCCCCAUGAAGGCAGAGAUCUACCUGACGGACCCAGAUUUUAAGGGCUACAUUAGAAUCUUCUGCUGUCAGAGCUGCAUCAUCGAAUACCACAUCGCCUGCUGGAAGGCCCUCAAGACAUCAUCCUUCUCUGACAGAAAUGAAAAGGAUUUCCUACAAGAGUCGUGUUUUACAUCGGACUGUCUGGGCAAAAUCUGCAGUAUCGUAAUCUUUGGUAUGACGGGGCUGCCCAAAUGCACGUUUAAAGCUGCCAUCGCCAAACCCCCGACUCCAAAGAAGUUCAAAGUGAAUCAGAAAUGUACAAGUCUGAAGAAGAUGAAAGCAAAGGAUGAGCACAAACUUAAGAGGAGGCAACAUAAGCAGUCAUUCAUAGAAAAGCAGACGAUCAACGAGGAGAUUCUGCAGCAGAAAGAAGACUCGCCGACACAGAUUGAACAGAAAGCCUGGUUGCUGUACAGGGAUCGAGUCCUGCUGCAGAUCAGUGAGAACCUGGAGCUGCUGAGAGAGGAAACGGGCCUCCAGCCGUCAACGCUGACCCAGAGUCUGAAGCCCUGGCUAGAGCUGGACUCAUCGAGGGGGAACCAGAUCGCUGAGAGGAUCCUGAACUGGAAGCAGGAGCCGAUGGAAACGCUCGGACCGGUCGUCGAGCUCCUGCUGGAGAGGAAGAACCGCGUUUGGGCUCGAAUCCUGAUCCAGCUGCUCAGUAGCUGCGGGGAUAUAAAUCCUAAACUCCACAACUGGGCGAGCCAACUCAACGACGCAGGUCUGAAUGCUGCCAAGAGCUUCAUUGAUCGCCAUGCGGGACACUUGGAGACGCUGGAUCUAGCUUUUUUGCUCGGCUUUGGACCGAUGCAGGACUCAAUAAUUGAAGAGUUUGAUAUUGGGCCAGAUCUUUUUUCAACCAUUGGCUUGACUGAGACUGAAUACCUAAAACAGGCCCCGCAUGAUAACAUGAGACUCUUUAUCUGGACUCUGGAGGAACAUAGAGACCAGUUUCUCUCCUGCCACCCUAUACUGGAUGAGUAUUUUGAUAUGAUGGAUGGACAUUGUUCAGUCUUAAAAAAGUCUGAUGAAAAUCAAAAUAAUUCUCCUUUGAAGAGUCGAGCCCGGAAAAAGAAAAAAGGACCAAAGGGUGUUAUUGUUUGGUCUGGAAACAGCAGCCAAACGCAGAGAGAGGAAUGGGACCAAGACUUUUUUGAAGAUGACACUUUAUCAUUCCUUCACCCCGGUGAUCCCUUCAGUGUCCCGAGUCACCUUCGAGAGCAAGUGGCCAUUUUUGAGGACCAGUACAACACCACGAGACACAGAAGUCACUAUAAAAACAUUUUGGACAACAACCCCGACCCGACCAAAGAGAGUUUGUAUGACUACUUCGCUCAGAUCCUGGAGGAGCACGGUCCGCUGGUUGCUGAGGACCCUCUGCUGGUAGGAGAGCUGGAGAACUUCCCUGUCGUUGCUAAAGACAAGAUCCAGGAAAUGGGCGGCUUCGAGGUCUUCCUCCUGGAGUCUCUGCGCUUCAUAAAGAUGGGGCGGUGCAUCGGCCUGGCUAAACACGCCGUCACUCUGCAGCAGGCCGGACACGGAGCCAGUUUGGACGACCUGGACGAUAUCACCGAUCCCGACAUUGAGUAUCCGUGUCCUGGUUUGGACGAGGGUAGUUUUAGUGCUUUCCCUAGCGAUCAGAACGGUUAUUCAUACGCACAGAAUGUCCAUCCCAUUCUCCCAAAUCCAUAUGCAUUUGCCCCCCUGCCUCAUGCGCCUGCCUUUGUUGGAGUUAAUAAUUCAUUUUACGCCUGGAGCAAUGGUGACGAUGAAAAGCAAGACCCUUACUUUAUACCUGACUACGGAGCGUUGGAUCUACUUCCCACUGCUUGGGAUCGAGGAGUUUCUGAAACAUCGUCUGUUUCAUCUGAUGAAAGCAUUUUGAAGAAACAUGCCGCUGUACAGACGUGCAAUGAGACCGUGAGGAGUGUAGCGGUGAAUACAGAGAUUCAUGAGCGUUUUGAGAGCUGCCCGGGUGACAUCAACAAAAAGCAACACAGCGGAAGGAUGUUGGAGCAGAGCAUGAAGGAAAUGUCGAAAGACUGCGACAAAGUCAACCUGACGCACAAAGAAGACCUCGCUGUCCUGGAAGGAGAGGUUCAGCAGAUCACCACCAACAUACAGGUGACCAAUCAGGAGCUGGGGAUGUUCCAGCAGAAGUUGGAGGAGGAGGUGAAGAAGGACCAGAAGGAGAAGAGAGCGAACCAGGAGGGUCUGAAGGCUCUGAAGGUGGAGACGGAGGAUCUGGUGACGCAACACAGGAGUUUUACCCAAAUAAUCCGAGAGAAGAAAAACAGCUUUGACAAUAAGUUGAAUGAUUUCCUUGAGCUGAGCAAUCAAUCAGCAGCCGAGAAGAUGAGUCUGGAGGAUGAGAUAAAGCGCUGUCAGGUCUCGCUGACCUCGGCCACCAGGAGGUCUCACUCCGCUCAGGUGUUGGUGGUGGAGAGCAGUCGGGAUCAGGGUCUGUUUUUCCUCUACAGAGAUCUGAGCAACGCCAAGGCUCUGCUGAGCAAACUGGACGAAGCAGCUCACAGAUACCCAACCCCAGACGUGGAAUUAACACGAAACAGCUGCAGAGUUAACAUCCAGGAUGUGGAAAAGAAAAUCUCCUCUGCUGAGGCGCAGUACCAGGAGCAGCUCGACCAGGUGAAGAACGGCAGGAGAGUCAGCGAGUUAAUUCCCGUCGCCGUUAGCAACCAGCCAAACCCUCCUGCUGCGCCGGUGUCAGUUGCUGCCAGACAGUCUGCAGCUACCCCCCCGCCCUCAGCCUCUCACAGCCUCCCCUCGUACUCCCAGCCGUCUGCAGCUGCUCCUACAAACCCCCCCCCCAGAACAAUGGAGUCUGCACACGGCACCGUGUUCGAGAAAGCGAUGGAGCGCCUGGUCUCCAUGUUCCCCGACUAUAAGAGGCCAGAGUUGAUGAGGUUCGUUCAGGACCUGCGUUUCUCCAGCGGAGGCAGUCUGAACAACAUGGCUCUGCAGGACAUGGUGGGAGGAGUGACCCAGCUGAUCCUGGACCAUCAGGAGAAGCUAAAUGCGGCCAAAUUGAACGCCAAAGGACGUGGCAGUCCGGCUCAGUGCGCCGCGCCGGUCUGGCAACCGAUGGGACACCCGAGAGUCAAACACUCUGAUGCACUGAACAUGGAGGAUCCGUGCAUCAUCUGUCACGAGGACAUGAGUCCGGACGACAUCUGUGUGCUGGAGUGCCGACACAGCUUCCACGACAAGUGCAUCCGCUCGUGGCUGAAGGAGCAGAGCACGUGUCCGACCUGCAGAGAUCACGCUCUGAUGCCAGACGACUUCCCCGAGCUCUCCGGACGCAGACGCCAAGCUCCAUAACGUCUUAACUCUGAUUAUAUUUCUUAUUACCCACGUGAUUUUAUCUUCUUUCAUAUUUUUUAUUCGCCACUAAUAUCAUUUAAAACUAAUAAUGCAUAGUUGUUGUUGCAUCGUUGAUGUGUUCAAACUUAUAAUUUCUUUACAUUUAAUAAAGUUCACGUCUUGUGUUUGAACUGGU